AUGUUCCGAGCUGAAGAUCCUCGGAUAUUUGCUGACCGUGUUGCCUUUGCAUACCAAUCACGCAAACAAUGUGAGGCUGAGUUGCGCUACACCCUGUAUGUAGACUGCAUGCCAAUGGAUGGACUGGGGAAUCUGACAGCUAAAAAUUUUGAAGAGAUCGAGAGGAGAGCCCACUCAACUCCAGGAAUCAGUAAGUUUAAAAGGUAGGUCGGAAACCAGUCAUUUUCUUAGACUUUAACAAACCUCUUAUUUAUAGUGUUAUAAAUACUUUGCAACAGAUAAGACGAAUUGUUUAGUGGCAAUGAAUAUUACAUUUUUGUGAUGGGUAUUCCAUUUGUUCAAUCAGAUCGCCAAUAGAAUUUUAAAAAUUCAUGUACAAAAUUUCAAAGGGAAGUCCAGACCCCUAAUUCUUGUAAAAAUGCUGGCCAGUGCCUUAUUUGGGUAGUGAUAAGGCCACACUAUCCCAGUUGGAUAUAGAAUACGUGCGAUCAGUGAUGGAAUACAGCUUGUUGCCACCAUCAGCAUGCAGCAAAACAGUGCUGGACUCUCUAAGAAAGUGCAAUGCUAGACAGUUCACUUGAUCUCAGGCGGUUUAAAAUGAACACCAACAGCAGCAUGUGAAGUAUAUACUUAUAUUGAGCCACUGAAUCUAAGAAGAGAUGGUUGAACGCUACAGAAGGCUGGACAAAAAACUCCCAAAGAGGACAAAGCCAUGAGCAGGUCAUAAUCUUUCACAAGUGCACUGGACACAUACAUCUUUAUUCAUAUGUUAAGGCUGUAAAGCAGGGGGAAGUCCCAAUGUGCCUGCUCUGGCCAAGAAGCACAUGUCUCAGUUGGCUGUUGGAUUGGGAUGAUCAUGAUAAGUAUUCCAAAAACAGUCCGGCUUGAUGACCCAUCUGGUUAUGUAUUGUCUUGUCAUAAAUUAUCCACACAUCAAAGGAUCACACUCAUUUUGUAUACUUCCUUUAACCUUCAUAAAAUUAUGGCCAAAAAAUGUCUAAGCAAAAUAUACAGUUGAAUUCAUUUUCUUACAUUAAAAUUUCAGUUUUCAGAGUAUUUUUCUCUGUAUUGUGACAGACUUAAAGAAGCCACAGCCAAGAUUGAGAAUGAAAUUACC